AUGUCAGAAUCAAAGCCAGUUCUCGCUGAGAACUUACAGAGACUCAAGUUUAUGCAGAGGAGGAAGGAAGCAGAACUACGUGAUCAAUUACAGAAGGAACAGGAGAAGUCUAUACAAGAGUCACAUUGGGUUGCCAAGGGGUCAUUCGAUGGCGAAACACUCACUACAGGCAGUGAGAGUGAGGUCAUCGGCUUCAAAAGUACUGGUCGUAUGUCAUUCGGUAACUUUAAUCAACAUAUUGAGAAAUUGAACUCUGAAAAGAAGACACCUACUUCGACAUCGACUACGACGACAUCAACACAGGCAGUAAAGUCAAUCGUUAAUGGUAGCAAACAAACGACAAAGACAACAGGUAGUUCGGGGGCAUCAUCAUCACACGAGAGCAUAGCAACUCAACAGCAGACACUUGAGAAGAAGAAAGAAGAAGUGAAGAAGAGAUUGUUGGAUGAUAUCCUGGGUGAUGUCAGUCCAACGCCAGACAAGAAGAGCACAUCAAGUGAUCAAUCACAAUCAAAGAAGAAGCAGAGGAGAUGA